GCGAAAUCGUUGACACCUUAUUCAGCGAAAUUCAACAUAUCUCCAUGUUUGAUGUGUGUGCAGUUGGCUACCACUACCAGAAGAAGGGCUGGAAGACAUGUCUGGUGUGUGCCGACACGUCAGAGCUGGUGCCUCGACCAACUCAAACAGAAUGCCACGAUAGGCUCGCGUUCCGUUCUAUGGCAGCUAUACGGAGAUGGAUCCAGUGGUGAUAGCUCAGGAGGGAGUGGAGAAAUUCAAGGAAGACUCUUUUGAAGUCAUCAUCGUUGACACAAGUGGUCGGCAUAAACAGGAGGAAUCUCUGUUUGAAGAGAUGCUGCAAGUCUCUCAGGCGAUCGACCCGGACAAUAUCAUAUUUGUGCUGGAUGGAACCAUAGGUCAGGCUUGUGAGUCUCAGGCCAGAGCCUUCAAAGAGAAGGUCGAUGUUGCCUCGGUGAUUGUAACCAAACUGGACGGUCACGCCAAAGGGGGAGGAGCCCUCAGUGCGGUGGCGGCUACGAGAAGCCCCAUCACAUUCAUAGGAACAGGAGAACACAUUGAUGAGAUGGAGCCUUUCAAGACAAAACCCUUCGUCAGUAAACUAUUAGGUAUGGGAGAUCUGGAGGGGCUGAUGGAGAAGGUCAGUGACCUCAAACUGGACGAGAAUGAAGAACUGAUGGACAAACUGAAACAUGGUCAGUUCACGUUGAGGGAUAUGUACGAACAGUUCCAGAACAUCAUGAAAAUGGGGCCUUUCAACCAAAUCAUUGGCAAGCCAGUUGAGCCUUAUCAUAUAGUUAUCCCUCUUAAAAAUUCCACGCAUGAGAAUAUGGUCAUGAUACCAGGCUUCAGCCCCGACUUUAUGAGCAAAGGAAACGAGAGAGAAUCAAUGGCAAAACUAAAGAGACUGAUGACUAUGAUGGACAGCAUGAACGAUCAAGAACUGGAUCAUCCAAAUGGAGCCAAACUGUUUUCGAAGCAGCCGGGACGAUCAGCUAGAGUGGCCAGGGGAUCAGGUACCAGUGUGCGGGAGGUGAGCGAACUUCUGAAACAGUAUUCAAACUUCUCGGCCAUGGUGAAGAAGAUGGGAGGAAUCAAGGGUCUGUUCAAAGGUGGUGACAUGGGAAAGAAUGUGAAUCCAGCGCAAAUGGCCAAACUGAACCAGCAGAUGGCAAAGAUGAUGGACCCCAGAGUCCUACAGCAGAUGGCGUGAGAAUGAGUGGUCUCAGAACAUGAUGAGACAAUGUCACAGCACAGGGCAUCAAUAUGCCGGGGUUCAAGGGAAAAUGACUUUCAUUCAAGCAUAUUUUUUCAUGUCAAUCUACCAAGUGUUUUACAGCUCAGUUGCCUCAUUAUGAUUACUGCGCAUCACCUUUUGUGUGAACUG